CUAUUCAGUCUUUCCAUAUAAAGAAUAAAAUUGCAUCAUACAACUGUACUACGAAUCUAACAACAUCUAAACAAGGCUUUGUCUUCUUCAUCUUCUACUUCAUUUUCUCUUUACUAUUCACUCCUAUAAUUUUCAAGUGUGAAAGAAACCCUAAUAAAUAAAUAUUUUGAUUAUUAAGAUGGGAAGAGGAAAGAUUGCAAUUAGAAGGAUCGAUAAUUCCACAAGCAGGCAAGUGACUUUCUCAAAAAGAAGAAAUGGAUUGUUGAAGAAAGCAAAAGAAUUAUCCAUUUUAUGUGAUGCUGAAGUUGGAUUGAUUGUUUUUUCCAGCACUGGAAAGCUUUAUGAUUAUUCAAGCACCAGCAUGAAAUCUAUUAUUGAACGCUAUAACAAACAGAAAGAGGAACAGCAUCACCUAAUGAAUCCUGCUUCAGAAGUCAAGUUUUGGCAGACAGAAGCAGCAAGCCUGAGACAACAACUGCAGUACUUGGAAGAAAGCCACAGGCAAUUGAUGGGUGAAGGACUUUCUGGCUUGGGUAUUAAAGAACUACAAAAUCUGGAAAACCAACUGGAUAUGAGUCUAAAGGGUGUCCGAAUGAAAAAGGAUCAUAUUUUGACUUACGAGAUUAAAGAACUACACCAAAAGGGAAAUCUCGCCCAUCAAGAAAAUGUAGAACUCCAUAAAAAGAUGGAAAUCAUCCAAAAAGAAAAUGCAGAGCUGCUGAAAAAGGUUUAUGAAGCAAGGAAUACAAAUGAAGAAAAUGUAGCAUCCAAUCUUUCAUGCACAAUCAGAAAUGGAUAUGAUUUACAUGCACCUAUCAGUCUCCAGCUAAGCCAGCCACAGCCUCAAUACAGUGAACCAGCAACCAAAGCCGUGAAAUUAGGAUUACAGCUGCAUUAGCAAGAACUGUUUGAUAAUCCCCUAUGCUUUCAUUUCUGACAAGCUGUCAUGAACCAGUUCAAACAUAUCAUCAUGCUGCUAUCUGUGGGACCAUGUAGUUCAACAACCACAUUUUCCAAUUCAACAUAAUAGGGUGUGAGAUUGUCUAUCAAGAAGCUUACAAUUGCUGUUAAGGAUCAGACAUAAUGACUACCGCUGUAAAUUUUAUGCAAUAAAGAUAUCCAUAAUUGUGAUUGGUGUUGUUUUA